AUGCUAUUAAAUAUAAAACAUAUCCUGUGGUUGUAUUGCCUCUGCCUAGCUGCACGGGGAACAGCUUCCAACACGCUGACCAUGUUGAAGCCUGUGAGCGGCUCCCUCUCGGGGAAGGUCACCCUGCCUUGCUUCUUCUCCAACCUCCCCACCUCCCCGCCCCACAUCAGCGCCAACGGCAGCACCGUCCUCAGCAGGGACUACCUGCGCAUCAAGUGGACCAAGAUGGUGGGCGAGGUGGAGUCCACGGUGCUGGUGGCCCAGAGCGGACUCAUCAAGAUCGGCUCCAGCUACCGCAACCGCGUGUCCGUGCCCAGCCACCCGGAGGACGUGGGCGACGCAUCGCUCACCAUGGUCAAGCUGCGCGCCAGUGACGCGGGCACAUACCGUUGUGAGGUCAUGUACGGCAUCGAGGACACCCAGGACACCGUCAGCCUCGAUGUCAACGGUGUCGUCUUCCACUACCGAGCGGGCGUCAGCAGGUACACCCUAGACUACGCCCAGGCCGUGCAGACUUGUCAGAAGGUCGGAGCCACCAUCGCCACGCCUGACCAACUGAAAGCGGCUUACGAGGACGGUUUUGACCACUGCGACGCGGGCUGGAUCGCAGGCCAGACAGUGAGGUACCCGAUCACCAAGCCUCGGCAUGGUUGCUUUGGUAACCUGAUGGGUAAACCCGGCGUCAGGACCUACGGAGUGAGGAAAGCCACGGAGACCUAUGACGUCUACUGCUUUGUAGACAAACUCCAUGGUGAAGUGUACUACACUCCAGGGACUCGCAAGAUGACCCUGAAGGAGGCAGAGGAAGAGUGCAAGAAGAGAAACGCUGUGCUGGCGUCCCCAGGCCAACUCCACGCCGCCUGGAGGCAGGGCCUGGACCAAUGCGACUACGGCUGGCUCUCCGACGGCAGCGCCCGGCACCCCGUGGCCAUACCCAGAAUGCAAUGCGGCAGAGGCCUGCUGGGUGUCAGAACCAUGUAUCGCUACAAGAACCAAACUGGCUUCCCGGACCCUUCUAAGAAGCUGGGAGCUUACUGUUUUGGAGGACGCAAAGAGGGGAUCCACCAGACCUCCAUUUUGGACAUGUCUCUACUCGAACUGACAACCCCCUCACCAGUGCAAAAGUCAUCGACCACCGGCGCCCCACCCAGCUCGACCACCACCCUGUCCCCAGUGGAGAGCAGCACCUCCACCCUCGCGCCUAGCUCUGAAACUGUAACAGCCGAGGAGGAGGAGAAGUCUGGGGAAUCGUCCUCCAUGUUCUCCACCAGCAUGGCUCCACCUCAUCCAACUCCUUCGGGCGCUGAGGUCAUGGAAGAGCUCCUGGUCACCACCACCAUGCCACUCUCAGCCGCCACCGAGGAGACGGAGGAUGAUGCCGCCUUCACCAAGACCGCCACCCUCGCUGACAGUGUGGAAGACUCCGAAAGCGGGAGCGACACCCGGACGACGGACGUGCAACGCGGGACCGUCUCUCCGGCGCCAUGGGCCACAUCAGAAAGCAGUCUGGGUACACACGCCACCGCCGUCUACACCCAUGACACGGAAACAGAGCCCCUUUCCUGGCCCACCGAGGAACCAGACGACCAUGAGGAGAUUCAUGUCGGCACCGUGCAACCGCACUUCCUCUUAGAGCAAGCUCCCACCGGCACCGAACCCAUGUUUGCUGUCGGGAAGACGGAGGAGACAGUCCUGGAACCAGGGGUCCCCACGGAGAUGACUGGGCUCUAUGACACUCUCACGACAGACACUGCCGAAGGGACCUCAGAAGAGCUGGUCAGCUUCACUGAUUCAACCACAACAAUCCCAGAGACGUAUUGGCCGGACCCUCAGGAUUAUAGUCCAGACCCCUUUGAUGAAUUCGAGCCUGGGAUACCCCUGGAGGGACCGCCGCCAUUUGAAUCGUCAAAGGCUGGCCAGAAGGAGCACACAACCCUAGAGCCAACUGUACCCCCUGUGACUGACACCACUUUUAUGUGCAACACAAGAGGCGGCACCGAGUGGGACACAGAGGGGGACACCACCACUCAAGUGUCGCCCACCACACCUUCAUCCAGCGAGGAAGCCAGAACGCCAGCAGUUGUGUACAAGGAAGGCGACGUGACAAUCACGGCUACCAUGACGACGACGACACCUCAGCCUCCGGGUGUGACGUCAAGGAGGCCUCACUCCGAACACACGACCGCCCCCACUUCCAACGUCGACAGUGAACCCCCCAGCGACGAUCGGGUCACGUCUGCGUCAAGCGUCCGAGUGUUCGAUGAGUCCCAGGCCAAGAUUCCAGAUUCCGGCCCGCAGGUCCUGACAGGAGAUGAGGAAACAGCAACGGCUAUUGAUGCAGAGUACCUGAUAUCUUCUACCAGAGCCUCAACCCUAGAGCACCCGACACAGGCUGCAGGGUCUUUGGUGGUAGAGGGACAAACUACCCAGCUCACGACUGAAAAGCAGGAACAGGAGUUGGAUGCAGGUGAGGAGCACCAGGCCCCUGUCAGCCCUCUGAUACCAGAUGAGAGCAGCUUUUUCUCGGGGGACGCUGAGCCCAUUCAUGUCUGCUGUCACAACUGUAUCUUCCCUGGCAAGCACAGCGGGACCAUCAACAGUGUCAUCAGAUACUGUAGUGGAUAUUUCAAAUCAGACAGUGAUGCCAUCAACAUAUGUUGCCUCAGAUGUCACAAACACCAGUUCCAUAACCAGCUCUCAAAGUUCAACAUCACCUGA